GACAUCCCUUUACCCCUCUGUUUGUGCCUGCUGAGUGAGAUUCCCCUGGAAGACUUCUCCCUGCCCAGUGCACACUUCCUUAGGAUAAGCCUGGUUCUACCUAUUUGCCUUUCUUGGAGCUUGGUUGAAUGGUAGGCAGGCUGCGUGGAAUGAAGGUGAAUUCUAUGGAAGGAUACCCCCAAAUUGUGGCUCCAUACCAGGGCUUGAUGAACUUACUGCUGGCCACAGGGUCUACUAUAAGAGAACCUAAACAGUAUACAGUGGGUCACCUUUGGUCACCACCAGCUGCCUUCUCUCUAACCCAGGUUCCUUGGUGGGAAGCCGCCUCUACUUUCUGUGAACUGCUUAGGAGGUUCUGACUUCCAGUGUCCCUGCUUUCUCCAUCAACUGCAGUAGGAGGGGCAAAAGCAGCCACAAGAUAUCAAGUAGGAGGGAAGCAGUUACCAGGUGCCAGAGUUGUAAAGAACCCCAUGGGAAUAAGGAGCUUCAAAAUGUUUGUUUGGUGACAGCAUAUUGGGGGGCGUUAGGUGUGUGUGGGGGGGCAGAGGAGAACAUUCAGCACCAGUACCCGCCAUACGCUGGCAAUAUCAAUCAUAAAUGAUGGAUACAUUGUUUCCUUUCGUUAAAUUAAACUUUUAUGUAUGUGGGUAGCCUGCCUGUCUGUGAGUUCCUGGUACCCACAGACCAGAAGAGGGGGAGGGAUCCCUAGAACUGAGCUACAGAUGUUUGUGAGCUCUCAUGUGGGUUCUGGGAAUUAAACCCAAGUCCUUUGGAAGAACAACCAGUGCUUUUAAUCUCCAGGCCAUCUCUACGGUUUGUGCAUAGUUUCUUAGUACAGUAGAUGCCAGCCCUGGUUGGAAAGAAUGGUUUCUCUCUCUCUCCAGGUGAGUAAAGAUUUAAAGUUAGUGUGCUUGUCUCACAGGUAGGCAGCAAAGUCUGCCCUGUGCCAUAGCCUAGGCCAUCUAUUGUGUUAUACUGGAGAAGAUGAGGCUGGGAUACCAAAUCAGAAGCCAUUGCUCUAGAGAGGGGGCCAUAGGCACAGCUGUACCCGAAGUCUGUAUGGCAGAUCCUACCAGUACUGGCUGUGCGCCUGUCAGCAUUUCGCUCUUGGGUCCCACCCAAGAGAAAGACAAGACCACUGAAACCGUGACUUCACAGUUGCUAGAAAUUGCUGGAAAUAGCCUAUGUGUACCCCAACAGAAGAAAGAAUAAAGUAACACAUGUGUGUGAAUAUAUAGAGUAUUGCACAGUAGUAAAAUAAUUGACUUAUUUGCAACACAGACUAGUCUCAACAAUAUGGAACGAAAGAAUACAGGCACCAGCAAGGCUCAGGAUUGGGCGCCUUGUUUUCAUUUAAAAGUUCAAGAACCUGCAAAACUACAGUAUCAGCAGUGAGAGGGGAGGUAGUUCCUGGGAGCUGCUACAUUUAUAUGUGGGUAAGAAUGCAUCCGGUCAUGCACUGAGUUUCUGUACUUUACAUGUGCCUCAGUUUAAACAAGCUGUAUUUGAAGGUUUCUUUCUUGGCCCUCCCAAACCCAAAUCCGGUCAUGUUGUCCAGCUCAGAGAGAGCUGACAGCAUCUUGAGAGCAGAUGAAGGGAGGAAGGACUUACAUUCGGCAUCAGUUGCUUUUCCACCACUGUGCUAAAACACCAUGAUCAAAGCAACUUGUAGAAGGAACUGUUUAAUGGGCUCACACUUACAGAGGGAUACGAGUGGUCGGUCGAUGGUGGCGUGCAAUCGGCAAGUGGCAGGCGUGGCAGCUGGAACAGAAGCUGAAGAAGGCUCACAUCUUAAACUGCAAGCUGGAAGCAGAGUGAACUGGGAACUGUGCAUAGUUUUGGAACUUAAAAGCCCAGGUUGGGGGGCUAGAGAGAUGGCCCAGUAGUUGAGAGCACGGGCUUCUCUUUCAGAGGACCUCAGUUCAAUUUCCCCAGCACCUGUAUGGUGGCUCAUGACCAUCUGUGACAACUCCAGUUCUUGGGGAUGUAGUGCCCUCCUCUGGCCUCUGCAUGCACUACAUGCACAUAGUAUGUAAAACACCUGUACACAAAAACCUCAAAGUUUGACCCCAGUGACAAACGUCCCUCAGCAAGGCCACACUGCUUAAGCCUCCCCAGAUAGCGCUCCAACUGGGGACUAAAUGUUUGAGACUAUAGGUGCUGUUUCUUGUUCAAACUGUCACAGAGCCCACUGGUGGCUUGUUGAUGCAGACUGAGGUGGUUCUUGUAUUUGGUCUUUGUGUCUGCGGCUGUGUGAGAGAAGUGAGGGGUUCAGGAGAGGAAAGCAAAUUCUUAAAAGGACUUAGGAGGGGCUGCCCUGGGCCACACAGCUUAGGGGACAUGCUGUCUCAUGAGGGGAGGGAACAACUGAAGACGCCAAGGGACUCUUGGGAGAUGCAGAUGAAGACGGGGCAGGGGCAGCUCUGGAGAGAGAGCUGACAUGGUCCUCAAAGCUGAUCUGUGGUGGAUGGACAAGGAAGACAAAAGGCCUUCAGAAGGAAACACUACUUCUAACAGGAAUGUGGGGUGUUUCCCACAUGCUGAGUUUCUGAAAGCAGAUGUGGCUGGCAUCUGGGCCCUUUCUGUGUGUGACACUUCUGUCAACUGCCCUUAUACCUCCAUUACUCCCCUCACACCCCCAUUACUGCCCCCACACCCCCAUUACUGCCCCCACACCCCCAUUACAGCCAUAUCAUUUCCAUUGUGCAGAAGUUCACUUGCAGAGAAGUUAUUUCCUGCAGUCUGUAAUGUCCCAGAGUCUGUACACUUAGUCGCAUGGUGUCUUGUGUCAUAGGGACUGAGGACUCCAGGUUGAGGUUUUCAGCUGUGGCUUUGUGGAAGCCUGCAGUGAUCUGGAUCCCUCCCAUAAGGCCCUGCCUCUUAGAGGUUCCAUCGUGUCUCCACAGUGCCGCAGACCAGGUCCUUACAUGUUGGCCUCUGAGGAACACAGUUUAGCUACAUACUGUGGCAGUAACUGUGCAGUUUGCUUGGGCUAGUUGGGAUGGGAAGAAGGGAAGUUCCUAGGUGUGGUAUAAGCAAGCUAGCUGCUUGUCUAAUUAAUGGUCUUUUCAACUUAAUGGCAGAGUGGCAGAAGGCCGGGUUUUCUCUGGGUCAGCCUGUUUAUUGAGCCCAUCUCUCAUUUGUAUUGGGCAACAGGCAGGCAGUGUCCUGCUAAGGGUAACCAUGAUAACCCCAUGCUUGUAUAUUUAAUAGUAGGCAAAAGGGUUGGCCACUGCCCCUUUCCAUCCCCUAAAGCAGAGCUAGUGGCUAGAGGGACAUUACUGUGUCCCUUUAGUCUAGUGUUGCUAAUAAUAAAGAACACCCCAAACCUGCUCUCAUGGGAUGCGAACGAGCUAUUAGGCAGUUUAUUUUACAGAUUCAGUGCACAUGUGAUUUGGGCCUGUUGGAUUUGGGGUUCACUCCACUUCACCCUCUACUUCUUUUUGUCUUAUGUCUACCAUUACUCCUACCCCAAAAUGUGGGGCCAUGUGGGAUUACACAGCCAUCUGUAUACCCCAGCCCAAGGCCGUGUCCCUGGCAUUGGGAUCUUGGCUUUGCGUAUCAUUUCACUUGGUCUCUCUAUUGUUUCUUGUUCUCCUAAAACUAGUCAGCAUAAUUCUGUCAUGAGCCAAGCCAUACCAGCAGGCUCGUCUGGAGGAGAAGGGCUGUGCCCACUGACCAGGAUAAAGCAGAGGAGCACACCACACAGACCAUACAGUGCCGCCUACGCCAUCUUUCCACAGACAAAGCAGGGCUUUCCCUCCCACCGCUCACAGUCCAGUCCAACUUCAUCUUCUUCGUCUGAGCAUGUGGCACCACCAUUCUUUGGCUUCAGAACACUCAGGGAAGUGUCACAUGCUGCUGUCUGCGCUGGUACUGUCUCAGUUCCACCGUGCUCACACCAGCAGUUAGUGGUGGAGAUUUUUCCAACUGCAAAGAUACACAAGGGUCAAAUGGGUUCUCCUUCUCACAAGGCAGGCCUGGAGAGGCAGAAGUUCUCUGGAAGAAAGGACAAGCCACGAACCAUGACCAUGACCUCUAGCACCACCUUCUGGCCAUAUGGGAACACAGCACUUGCUGCAUUGAGAGGAUUUGUAUUCUCUGAGCUUUUCUGAAUUCCUGAGAAUGAACCAAGCAAGCGGUCACUGGACCCCGUUUAAUAAACACUGAACAAUGAA